AAAGAUAUGGAGAUCAAGGGGUGGCCCUCAAGUUGCUGAUGGGGUUUCUUGCUCAUUAUAGACAGGUGGUGGCUUCGGAUGCUUGCGGUGUAUGCUGUGGUGUGCCUCAGGGAGCCCUCUGUCCUGGGGCCCUCAUCUUCAUCAACUACAUCAGGCUAUAACAAAUUUGAGCUCAAUACUGAUAUUCUAACAGCCUGCAACAGGUGUGAGUCACUAAAAGAUAUCGGUUCAAAGGAGUUUCAGAAUGUUAGUGAGCUGUGGAUGCACUUGAAAUCAGUUGAAGAAGACGUUGACAACAAGCUAAUCUCAUUCACUGAUUUGAAUGAACAGCAAAUGCAGCUGCUCCAUGACUACAAUGACAUGAAGGACUUGACUCAGUGCGUCUUCGGUCGACUGGCGACCAUUCUCGACGUGUCCGUUAGUCAAGUGCACAAAAAGUUUGAUCUUUAUGAUGGUAAGUUGUUCUAUUUAGUGAGGUCCACGUUAUAAUGGCAGUGGAAAAAG